GGAAGCAGAAGAGUGCCUAGAGGAGGAACUUACGGGGACACAAAAGGGAACUGUCUUAGUCUCCAGUGGUCUUAGUCUCCAGUGAACUAAAGAGGAAGGAGGGACUUGCUUUGAUCAAGUGUCCGGCUCGCAGUAUCCCAUGGAGAGGUGGCUUCUGCGGUGUGGGGCCUGGGUGGGACGCCUGCACCCACCCAGCCGACUCUCAGCCUGGUGCUUCCUCCAUUGGCUGCUGGUGCCCUGGACCUUGCAGCUAGCAGGAGGGAUAUCAGUGACCCACACCGGCCCUCCUAUCAGAGUCUCCCUGGCAAACACGGAUGUGUCCUUUAGCUGCAGAAUCCAGGACAUCGUAGGACUGGAGGUCCUCAUUUUCACUGUUAACUUCUUUCAUGUGGAUAUCCACGGCACGAGAAGCUCGGAGAAGCCGAUUGACUGCCAACACAGUUCUGGCAUGUCAAACCAGACCAUGGACUGCAAGGUUAAACUCAGCCUGCCAAAUGCAUCAGCCACAGGCACUUACUACUGCAUAGUCAAAGGACAGGGCACACAUCAGAGCGAUGGUGUCUUCAUUCUGGUCAGAGACACAGGGUACCAGCCACCUUCAUUCAAGGCCCAGGAGGUUCUGUUGCUAACAUUUACUAGCCUGACGAGUGUCCUGGGUGUGCUGGGGACAGCACUGCUGCUCUGGAAGAAGAAACAGAUAGCAGUUUUGGGCAAACACACUGCAAAGACAUGCCCUGGUCUCAAAUCCACCGUUGGAACUACAAAGCCUCCAGCUGAAUCCAUCUACACGUCUCUGCAGCGUCGAGAGACAGAAGUCUACGCCUAUAUUGAGGGAGAGACUGGCGGCCCUGUCUCCAGCCAAAGCCCAGCCACCAAGGAGAAGCUGAAUAGAUUUGAGGAUGACAACGAACUUAACCUCGUCUAUGAAAAUCUCUAGGGGAAGUUCUACAGGCUCCAACCAAGCCUUGGACUAAGACCCCAGAGCCACAGCUCUUGUCUAAAGUCCUGCUUUGGACCAGGAGUAGGGCCUUCGGGAUAGGCCAUCACCUCACCUGCACAGUCAGGUCUCUCCCCUCCUUAGCCUGGUCUGCUCUCACAUUCUGCAUCCCAGCCUGAGCCGUUACUGUCUCUGGGAUUUUGCCCAGGCUGUUCAUCCCAUUAGGAAAGCCAUUCCUCCCCUGGCCCCAUGGGCAAAGUGGUCCUUAGUCUCACGAGGAUCUCUGGGAUAGCAUCUCUUUCCUCUUUGCCCCUUACUGCCACCCCUGCAGAGCUGGGUAAGUGUCUGUCUUGGCAUCGGCCUACAUUUUGGUCCACAGGCAGACUUAGUCCUGGGAGAAUAUAGUACAACUCCUGUGAGGGCUCUACCUGGCCACUGAGCCACUCCAGCUGCUCAGCUAGCCCAGACAAUUGUACAGGAUGGGGACAUGCUGGGUAGAACUGGAAAAUGGUAUGGCUAAAAAAAGAUGAAGAAUGGGCACCAAAGAACUGCACCAAAGCUGAUUGGACCCAGGGCCAGAUCUGGAGGCUGCCAAUAUGGCAAGCGGAGAUGAGCCAGGACCAAGAGCAGGGAGGUUCCAUACAUGCUGGUGAGAAAGGAGAAUCUAGGAGCACCUCUCCCCCAAGGAGAACCCUGAGCUAGUUUCCCAUCAGCCUGUGUGGGGCACACACCUCAUUGUGUCUUACUCUAAGCUCUACAGGCCUCUGUUCACUAAGUCCCUCCUUGUGGUCUACUCUGACCCCAUCACCUGCGGCUUCAUGCCCUUUUCCUCUGUCUUUAUUUGCUUUUGGCCCAUCUUGCCUCCCCUGAAGAUGGAGAGCAGCUUAGCUGUCUCCACGCCACCUCUUUCCUCAGAGGUUCAGCUGUGUGGCUUGCUGCUGGGCCACGGCUGGGUAAGGAACUCAUUCAAGGGACCCCUCAUACACCCUCCAGGCACCCCUACAAUAAGGAAGCAUCUCCUUGGAAGACAGGAACUGAAGGGCUCAGUUUCUGGGGUGCAGGGCUCCCCUCCUACCCUACUUCCCUCCUCUUAGCCUGCCUUUCUUUCAGCUUUCCCAGAGCUUCCAGUUUAGCUGUGGAACAGAUAGGCCAAUCUACCUCCUCUACCUUCCGAGCUGCUUCAAAAGUUCCUAAGAUGUUCGCAUUCCAAAAUCUGCAUGCACUCAGGGAAUAUGGGGGUGUUCGUGAGCAGACACACCUAGCCUGGCCCAAGCGGUGUUGAACUCACACCCUCAGGCUUCAGAAGAUGCUCUCCAGAAGCUCUUGUGUCCUUGGAUCGUGGCGCCAAGCUUUUCUGGGCCCGGAGGAUGGCUUGUAACCCACAAGUUCUGGGCUCUACUCUCAAACAUCCAACAAGCAAAGCUCCUCAGAGGCUGCCAGGAUGAAUGAAGGCCCGUGCUGGCUUGAUGAAUUCCUGGUCUGCGAGGGCGGGGAACUGCUUGGCACAGAGCUGCCUCCAGGCUCCUGGCUCCAGCCAUCUGAGAUGAAGCUCAGCGCUGGGGUGAAAACCUUAGCCAGCAAGAACUUACCCAUUGCCUCUCCUACCUCCUGAACUUUACAUCCAGUCUCUGGAUGACCUGACUGGGACUCAGGUUUUUUUGUUUUUGUUUUUGUUUUUUAACCCUUUCCAGGGGAGUGAGAGAAGCCUGAUGGGACUGCAUAUUGUGCCCUGGCUAAGGACGCAGCACCCAGGUCUCCCAGCUGUCACCCCAUUCCCACUGUCUCUUCCUUACAAAGCAGCUGAAGGAACCUGAUAAACGUGCUUUGUCUUGUUCCUUUCCUAUCAAAAAGCUUUCUAUGGUUUCUACUUUACUUGGAAUAAAAUCUCAGCUCCUUGCUGUGGCCCAGGAGGCCCAAGAAGACCGA